CUCCUAUAGCAUUAGUGUAGUGUUGUAUACCCCAGCAUGGGUAUAACAAGUGAUAUAGUUAUUGGUAUACCUGAAUCGGAUUUAUGUGGUUUCGUGUGUAACCUAAUAAGGGAACAUGGAGAUGAUAUUGCAUUGGUUGAUGCAACCACAGAACAAAGUUUCACUUUCAACCAAGUAUGCGACCUGUCAAUCAAGUUUGCUUCUGUGUUGAAUAAGAGAGGUUUAAGAAGGCAAGAAGUUGUUGCAGUUUGUUGUUCAAACUGUAUUGAAUAUCCCAUACUGGUGCUUGGUGCUGCUGCUAAUAAUGCAAUCUCUACUACAUGCAACCCACAUUAUACUUACCAUGAAAUGUUGAAGCAAUUCCAACACUGUCAACCAAAGUUUGUUAUAACUAAUGCUGAUCAAGUUGAAAAGGUUAAACAAAUUGCUGAUCAAGUUAAAUCUAUUCAGGAAAUAUUUACUGUUGACGAAAGUACAGAAGUUAUUUCCAUUCAAAAACUACUGGAGAAAGAAGAUGGGACAUCUUUUCCUACUAAUGUUUCAUUCGAUGUAAAAGAAGAUGUUCUAUUACUUCCAUACUCAAGUGGGACUACUGGAUUCCCUAAAGGCGUAAUGCAUACACAUUACAGCUUUGUGUCUCUAAUGCACUAUGCAAUGCAUACAAAACCACCCAUGCGACUUGUGACUUACACCUGUAUUCCUUUGUUUCACAUAUUGGGAAUAUUGAGGCAAUUUGCAAAUUUAAUCAAAGGAUGGAAACAUAUUAUUGAUAAACGAUUUAAUGUUGAACAGUUGCUGAAAUGUGUUGAAAAAUAUAAGGUUAACACGAUGACUUCAGUACCACCUAUGCUGGUUGCUCUUCAAAACUACCAACAUUUUGAUAAAUAUGACACUUCAAGCUUAAAGAUUGUUGGAUCAGGUGCUGCACCUCUCGCUUUAACUGUGAAGAACAAAACCUCAAAAAACUUGGGCGUGGAUAUAGUACAAGGUUGGGGCUUGACAGAAAUGUUAGUCUCAGUUCACCGAUCACCAAAUUAUCCUGAAGGUUCAGUUGGCCAACUCAUGCCCAAUACACAGUUCAAGGUAGUGGAUCCAGAUAGUUUAAAAGAGCUUGGGAUAAAUGAAGAUGGAGAAUGUUGGGUGAAAGGACCACAGCUGAUGAAAGGAUAUUAUAAAAACCAAAGUGAAACUUCUCGCUGUAUAACUUCUGAUGGUUGGUUUCGAACUGGUGAUAUCGGCCAUUACGAUGAAAAUGGAUUUAUUUUUAUUGUUGACAGACUUAAAGAACUGAUUAAGUAUAAAGCAUUUCAAGUACCCCCUGCCGAGCUAGAAAGCGUUAUCCUUUCCAACCCCAAAGUUGCCGAUGUUGGGGUAACAGGGAUUCCUGACCCUGAAGCAGGGGAAGUCCCUCGUGCUUAUGUUGUUCGAAAAGAUGGGACGUUGACUGAAGAGGAAUUGAACAAUUUUGUUCAAAGUCGAGUAUCAAAAUACAAAUACUUAUACGGUGGAAUCAAAUUUGUGAACAGCAUUCCUAAGUCUCCAACAGGAAAAAUAUUAAGAAGGAAAUUACAUGAACAUGCUUUUAAAGAAUUAAAUAAACUAUAAUUGUUACCAUUAUGCAGCACUUUAAAUUGCUGCCAGCCAUGUUGUAAUAUUAAUUGAAUAAAAAUUUACUUUGUUCUCACUUACAUAUUGUUUUACUCACUAUGAUCUGAGCAUUCUCGUUUUUCACAAUUUACGCCUCGCAAAAGUUUAUGAAGUGUAUUUGACUGAUUAGUAAUAAUUAAUAUCCUGUAUUAUUUUUAUUCUGUAUACUUUUUAUCUAUUUCAGAACAAAUUCCUGUCUUGAACAUUUUUUGCAAUUUUUUAAGCUGAAAGACUUUAGUUAGCAAUAUAAUCUUAUCAUUAUUUCAUUCAUAUUAUUAGCAAAAAAUAGUUACUAUGAUUUAAAUAUUUUCCAAACACUUCUUUUGCAUUUCUUAAUCUUUAUUAAAAUCUAAGGAAUAUAUAUAGAACACCAGAAUAAUGCUGUUUAUGAUGUAACAAUAAUGGUUAUAUUACUUUCUUUUGUACAGUACCAAUGCAAUGAGCAUUAUAACAAAUAUCACCAAUGGUGUACUAUGGUUCUCCCAGUUCCAUGGUUCUGUGGAAUUAGAACAAUUUUUUAUAAGAUUGUAUAUUCAUAACUUUCCUAAUAGAUUUCAUUCAAAGUAAAGUAAGAAUUAUUUAUUCAUUCAUUUAGAUGAUGUUUAAUAAAUGAUUUAUUAUAAUAUAUUGUUCGUUUCGCUCGUUUUAUCGAAUAGGUUGAAACAUUCUAUUAUUAUAGUCAUGUGUUAAAACAACUGUUUUUUAUUGUUACUUUGCAUGUUUUUAUAAUGUUGUAUACUUUUUCCGUAGUAUUGUUUUGAACAAAUAUUUGCUGCUAGUUAAAAUACCAUUUUGUGAGUUUAUUCAAGUUAGAUAUUUGGUUUAUUAUUUUAUAAACUUAAAUAUAUUCUGCUUGCUUUAGAAAA